AAAAGACUAGUUCAGCGUCCACGUGCGUGAUAAUUUGUGGUUAUGUUUUCUAGUGUGUUUGUAAUAUAUAUAAUUAAAUUUCCAAUAUUGCUGUAAAUGACUUUUAGAAAUUGAAAUAAAUCAUGUCUACUUGUAAAAUACAUAACAUUAGAUUUUAUAACCUUGAACCUCGUUCUGUUACUUGUUUAUCUUAUGAAUCUAAAACAAAAAAGUUAGCACUUGCAAGAAAUGACAAUUCGAUUGAGGUAUGGAGCGUCGGAAAUGCACCUUUUGUGGAAUGUACAAUAGCUGGUCAUGCUGCAAAUUCAGUAGAAAGCAUCCUCUGGAUUGGUCCGAGAUUGUUUUCAACCGGUUUGCAUGGCAUAAUAGCAGAGUACAAUUUAACAACAUUAUCAAUUAAAAAUGAAGUUACAGUUACCGGGGGUGCAGCUUGGUGUAUGGAUGUUAACCGUAAGAAAACAUGUUUAGCAGUUGGUACUGAGGAUGGAUAUAUCAAUACAUUUACCGUUACUCCUGAAGCAUUGAUAUAUGAAAGAAUCUUUGAUAAACAGAAAGGAAGAAUUCUUUGUAUUAAAUGGGAUAACACUGGAGAAAUGAUUUAUACAGGAUCUGUUGACACAAUUAGAGUUUGGAAUGCUAUAUCGGGUCAUGCUGUUCAUAAGAUGACAACUGCUAGAAAAGAAGCCAAAAAAGAAACGAUUAUUUGGUGUUUAGAAGUUACAGAUGACAAUGUUAUAAUUUCUGGAGAUUCAAGGGGAGUUUUAUCAUUUUGGGACCCUCAUAUGGGCACCUUGAUUGAAUCCCAUGAAAGUCAUACAGCUGAUAUAUUAGCUGUUACUUUAUCACACGAUAUGAACACUGUAUAUUGUGCUGGUGUUGAUCCUGUAGUAAGAAGUUUUAGUAAAAUAGUUAUGAAAUCUACUGGUAGACCACAAUGGGUAAAAGGAAUUGAAAGGAGAUUACAUGCUCACGAUGUUAGAGCUUUAGUAGAAGCAGAUGGAAAGUUAUAUUCAGCUGGUGUAGAUGGAUAUCUAGCACAGUCCAGUUAUCCACCUAAAACUCUUAUUAAGUACCCGCCGUUACUUCAACCUCCAUGCGCUACUGUUUGUAGGAAGUCAAGAUGUAUCCUAUUGCGGUACACAAAUUUUCUUGAAUUAUGGAGACUUGGAUCGUCGACUAAAUUACCUCCCGAAUCGAUACGUCCCGGCAUGUUUCACCAGUUAGAGGAAGAGCCUAUCAAAUUAUUGCAAUUAAAAACUAAAAGGGACGAAACCAUUAUUUCCUGCGCUAUCAACAAGGAUUCUAAAACAAUUGUCUAUUCAACUGACAGUCAUGUCAGAGUUUUUAAUUUCGAUGUGGUCGAAGGAGAUGCACAGUUAUCAAAGAAUGAUACCGAUAUAACGGUAAACAGAAUACAGAAAAUGUUAUUCAGCCCAAACGGAAAGUUAUUCAUAACUAUCAAUAACAAUGGGAAGAAAAACUCGGUGACGUUAUACAAAGUGGAGAAGAAACAUUUAAGGCAUCUUGGUUGUUUUCAUACGAAUAAAGAAUCUAUUGUAAAUGUUGGACUUGUAUGUAUUUCUCCUGACAGUAAAUAUUUUGUUUGUGCCGAUCGAGAAGGUAGCAUCGCUGUAUAUAAUAUCAGCGAAAGUGCAGAUAUCGAUGCACCUAUGGCAUGGUUAUUACCUAAAUACAGCUGUCCACCAACAGCUAUGGCUAUCCAGAAAAAUACUUUAAACUUAGUUAUUGUAUAUUCAGAUCACAAGAUCGUCGAGUAUAACAUUUUGCAACUGCAAUUCACGAAAUUUUCCAACAGCUUACAAAGCCGACUUCCGAAACAAUGGCUGGCACGACCUUUCCCUAUCACGAAUAUCAUUUUCGACCCCCGCAACGAAAAUAUCAUAAUAAUGCACGACGACUCGACGGUGUAUGUGAUCGAUAAAUUAAACGAAUUUUCCGAAAAGUACGCUAAAAUGCCAAAACGUGAAAACGGCGAAAUCACGGAGGAUGGUAAUUCCAUCAUAGGCUCGUACUCGCAGCAAGCCUUCCAAGUUCUUAAAAAAUACAAGCAUCUCGUAUAUUUGGACUGGUUAAACGACGAAGAAUUAGUAGCGGUCGAAGUGAAUCCAAUAUCUUUGACGGAAAAGUUACCACCGACUCUCAAACAGAAAUGGUUUGGAAUGUAAAUAAUCAGAGAAGAAACAUAAUGAUAUCCCAGUUUUCAAAUGGGAUUGAGUAUUCUGUACAAAGUUAUCACUAUGGCGUAUAAAUGUAUACUCCAGAGUGAUUUUUAUCAUGUAUUUCCACGGUAUUGUUUGUAAUUACACAAAAACAAUGAUGAUUUAUUUUUCAAUACAUUUGUUACAAUGUACGAUGUCCUGUGUAUAAAAAAUAUAUAUAUCCAAUAGUUC